AUGGCACCCAAAAUUCAUACCUUUGAGGAGGUAGCAAGUCACAACAAGAAAGAUGAUUGCUGGCUUAUCAUCUCUGGCAAGGUCUAUGAUGUGACGCCAUUUCUCGAAGAACAUCCUGGGGGUGAUGAAGUGCUGCUAACAUCAACUGAGAAAGAUGCUACAAAUGAUUUUGAAGAUGUUGGCCACAGCGAUGACGCAAAAGUGACAAUGCAGAAAUUCUACAUUGGCGAGAUUGAUGAAUCAACUCUUCCAUCAAAGCAGAAAUACACUCCUCCAAGUGCAACUUCAACUGCAACUGCAAACCAGGACUCGGGGAGUUCAUCGAAGAUACUGCUAUUUGUCCUGCCCUUAUUGAUAUUGGGAUUAGCAUUUGUUCUUCGUCUCUAUUCGAAAAAGGAAUAG